GCGGCCGGCGUCGGAGCGGGUCUGGGGAGCUGAGGAGCGAGCCGCGGCUGGGAGGGAAACCCAGAGUUGAGGGCGUGUGUCGGAGGAGGUCGAGAGCCCCGGGGGGGAGCGGACGGAGGUGGGGCCUGAGCGUCCCCGAGAGAACCUGGGGGACAGAGAGGCCCGAGAGGGAAAGAAAUGGAGGCAUGCAAAGAAGCUUCCAGAGCCUGAGGGACCGAGAGACAGGGAGGUCGAGGGAGGAGGGAAGCUGAGAACCAGGAGACCGAGGGCAAGAGGCUGAUGGUUCCACCGCGAGCCGCUCGCGGAGCCCGGGAGAGCAGUGUGAUCGCCCCGCGGACUGGGGACAUGCGGGAAGCGGAGACAGAAGUAGGCUGAGGCGAAGACAGUUUAAGUGGAGGAACGAGGACUGAGUGACGGGCAGAGUCGGACGCACCUGGAAGGGUGGAGACAGCGCCAUAGGGAGAACCUGGCAGAGCUGCCACGAGAGGGAUCGAGAGACGGGAGGAGCCGGCCAAGGGAGACUUGGAGAGGAAAGCGGAGAUGAGAAGGAGCGAGAUGGAUGGGGAAGCGGGGGUCAAGGCAGGAAGAAUGGAGGAAUCCUCAGUAUGGAGAGAAAUGAAGAGACAGUGCAGCCGGAGAGAUGGAGGGAGAGCGGAUAGACAGUGUCGAACUUAAACAUGGAGGGAUAAAGCCAGGCGAUGGAGAAUCAGGGGAAAAUGGAGAAAGAGGAGCAAAACCUGAAUCCCUGGGCUUGACUUCCUCACCUGCCACUUACUACCUGCUUGACCUCUCUGUGGCUCAGUGAAAUAGCUGUAACAGCAUCUUCUUAGGGUUGUGAGAAAAGUGUACGUGUGUAUGUGCACAUGUGCAUAUAUAUGAGUGUUUUGGUAUAGUACCUGAUACACCAGUGAGCGUUAGCUAUUGUGAAAGCCUCCGCCAAUUGGGAGACGGAAUAUCCGAUGGAGAAGUGGAGAGAGAUGGAGAGAUCGUCAGGAUGGAGGAAGAGACAGUGAUGGAGGAGGAAGAACUGGGGAGAGACAAAAAUGGAGAGUCAGAAAAUGAGAAAGUCAGGUGGAGGAAGAUAGUUGGAGAGAAAAUCAGAUUAAAAAAUAGAAUCAGAGUGGGAGAGAAUCAGACCAAUGAAGUGAGAUGGGCCCAGACUAGGAAAGGGAGGAGAGAGGAGGAGGGUUAGCAAGAUGGACUGGAAAAGACAAGACUGAGACCUGAAGAUGGAGAGCCAGAGAGGAGGAAAUGGGGAAGCAGAGAAAACCUGGAAAAGCCGUCAGGCUAGGAAAGAUAGGCCAGGAGACCAAGAGAUGGUCAGAGAGACAGUCAGAGAGAAACCAGCAGAUCCAGACAAUUGAAGAGGUUGACAAAGAGAACAGACUCCUGGAGAGCCAUGAGGAUGCUCUCAGAUGCGUGCAUGGGCGGCUUGCAGCCCGAGAGGCACGCUCUCCAUUUCAUUGUCCCUGUCCUGUUCUGAGGAUCACUGCCUCAGUAUCACAGCAACCUUUCAAGGCCUUGUCCUUUUCCUUUCCUCCUAAAACAGAAGUUUCCUCUGAAGCCAGGGUGGCAUCACCCAGCCCAGGUGUUCACCAAGAAGUGACGUGCGCUCCCCACAAGCUGCCGCUUCUGUGGGAAACAGCUCUGGCCGUUCACAAGCUCUUCCUCAGUCGAAACCCUUACCCGGCUCUAAUAACCCUCAGGGUCGGCCUGAGUUCCCGCUGAGACUCAGAGAUCCAGUCUCUGAGCUCUGUUCGCUGGUGGCCCUUGAGAGGCUGAAGGCAGAGUGGGUGAAAACAUUGUGAAGGCGAAUUGUGGCCUCUUGAGUGUGAUUUUCCCCAGGUUACGUGCCCCCCCUUCUCUCGCCAUUUUCCCCGUGUUGGUCAUCAUGGGGACGAAGCACUGGACUUGAGUGCCAGUGACUAGUGACCUUGUCUGUGCCUGCGUGGUGAUAAACACUGCGGUGUGUUGAGAUAGGUAUGUCCCCAUCUCAUAGAUGUAGAAAUCAGCCUCAAAGAAGUGACUUUGCCGCUGGUCACGCAUCUAGUAAAUGACGAAGCUGAGAUGCAAACCCAGAUCUGCUUGCCUCCACAGCCUUUACCACGAAGGCUCUGAUCAUUUAAGAAUCUGAGUGACCGACAUCCCUCCGGAAAACUGCACGGACGAGGAUGUGCUCUGUCUUAGUUAGGACUGAGGCAGCUGAAAGUCAGAACCCCAACUGGAAGCCGAGAUUUUCUUGCGUAGCCGGGAAGUGGAGGGUUGGAGGGAACGUAGCCCCAAGCACUGAGUGAGGUUGCCAGGCUUCCCCCCUUCUGUCCUUGUCGUGGCUUGGUGCCAUCCUUGUGCAUGCUCCUCCUCGCUGUGCCCACAUGUGGGCUCUUUUCUAGGGAAGGCUCAUCUUCAGGGGCUACUACAAAUGGCCCUGGGUUUAUGUCAUCUUUGCGUAGCCACAGUAGGUAAAAUGACAGCUCUCUCCUAGUAACUGAGUGUAAAUUCCAGAGAAAGGCCCCAAUUGGCCCUCCUCGGGUCCUGUGUCCGCUCCUCAGACCCAUCACUGGUUGAAGGGGGUGAAGGGUACCAUGAGUGGCCAGCCCUUGGUCACCUGCCCAACUGGUCAGGGGUCUCUGACUUAUGGCUCUCAGGACCGUGUGGAAUCCAGGAAGGGCUGCCCUCCCAAGGAAGGUGCGAACUGUUAGCAGAAAAAGAAGGAAGGGGUGUGCCAGGAGGCAGGACCAAAACAUACAUAACGCCAUGCUUGCAAUCGCGGGCUUCGUUUCAAAGGGCUCCUGGUGUCCUGAAGCUCAGUAGGCCCCAGGGGCCUGCAAACCCAGGAUGAACGCGUGUCCAUCCCAAGAUCGCUGCAGGAGUUGUGAGGUGCCCUGUGUGUCACCAGUGUGACCCAGGCCCUGGGCCGUUUACUCUGUCAUUGCCUGCAGGUGUCCUGUGGCAUCGGUGAGGAGGCACACUGGCUCUGUGAGGAGGAAGUGGUUCCUUACUGCACGCUCUGACCUCUCCCUGCGGGAGGUGGGGAAUAGAGGAGAAGAUUCGGUCCAGGUGAUCAGCCCCGAGGCCGGUUUUGCGACAGCAUCGUGACCAGCCAGAUCAUGCCUCCUCCCAGGACAAGGGAGGGCAGGGAUCACCGAGACCGACCCCGGGCGCCCAGGGAGAAGGAGGCCCCGGAGAAAUGGGACUGGAACUGUCCAGAGACACGUCGUCUCUUCGAAGAUGCCUUCUUCCGUGACGAGGAUUAUAUCCGCCAGGGUUCCGAGGAGUGCCAGAAGUUCUGGACCUUCUUUGAACGCUUGCAGAAAUUCCAGCAUCUCAAGACGGCCCGGAAGGAGGAGAAGGAUGCUGGGCCCCCGGAGCGCAGCAUCCCGGCGCUGGCCGACCUGCCUCGCGCUUACGACCCGCGUUACCGCAUCAACCUCUCCGUCCUCGGCCCCGACCCUCGGGGCUCUCGGGGGCCGGGCGGCCGCCUGCCCCGGGACAGAGUGUCCGAGUUCCGCCGAGCCCUCUUGCACUAUCUGGACUUCGGCCAGAAGCAGGCGUUCGGACGGCUGGCCAGACUGCAGCGGGAGCGCGCGGCGCUUCCCAUCGCCCAGUAUGCAAGCCGCAUCCUGCAGACGCUGGAGCGGCACCAGGUGGUGGUGGUGGCGGGCGACACGGGCUGUGGCAAGUCCACUCAGGUGCCGCAGUACCUGCUGGCCGCCGGCUUCAGUCACGUGGCCUGCACCCAGCCCCGGAGGAUCGCCUGCAUCUCGCUGGCCAAGCGCGUCAGCUUUGAGAGCCUCAGUCAGUACGGCUCCCAGGUCGGCUACCAGAUCCGCUUUGAGAGCACGCGUUCGCCGGCCACCAAGAUCGUGUUCCUGACGGUGGGGCUGCUCCUGAGGCAGCUGCAGCGGGAGCCGCGCCUGCCGCAGUACCAGGUCCUCAUUGUGGACGAGGUCCACGAGCGGCACCUCCACAACGACUUCCUCCUGGGCGUCCUGCGGCGCCUGCUGCCCCAGCGGCCUGACCUCAAGGUCGUCCUCAUGUCGGCCACCAUCAACAUCUCGCUCUUUUCCAGCUACUUCGGCGACGCGCCGGUGGUUCAGGUGCCCGGAAGGCUCUUCCCCAUCACGGUCGUGUACCAGCCACAGGAGGCGGAGCCGACGACGUCCAAGUCAGAGAAGCUGGACCCGCGGCCUUUCCUGAGGGUGCUGGAGGCCAUUGACAGCAAGUACCCCCCCGAGGAGCGGGGCGACCUCCUGGUCUUCCUCAGCGGCAUGGCGGAGAUCAGCGCUGUGCUCGAGGCCGCCCAGCCCUAUGCCAGCCACACCCAGCGCUGGGUGGUGCUGCCGCUGCACAGCGCCCUCUCUGUGGCCGACCAGGACAAGGUUUUUGAUGUAGCGCCCCCUGGAGUCCGGAAAUGCAUCCUCUCCACCAACAUCGCCGAGACCUCGGUCACCAUUGAUGGGAUCCGCUUCGUAGUAGAUUCCGGGAAAGUGAAGGAGAUGAGCUGUGACCCCCAGGCCAAGCUGCAGCGGCUGCAGGAGUUCUGGAUCAGCCAGGCCAGCGCCGAGCAGCGCAAGGGCCGGGCGGGCCGCACGGGCCCCGGGGUCUGCUUCCGCCUCUACGCCGAGUCGGACUACGACGCCUUCGCCCCCUACCCGGUCCCAGAGAUCCGCAGGGUCGCCCUCGAUGCGCUGGUGCUGCAGAUGAAGAGCAUGAGCGUCGGGGACCCCCGAACCUUCCCCUUUAUUGAACCCCCGCCGCCAGCCAGCCUGGAAACGGCCAUCCUCUACCUCCGCGACCAGGGGGCCCUGGACAGCUCGGAGGCCCUCACCCCCAUCGGGUCGCUGCUGGCCCAGCUCCCUGUGGACGUCGUGAUUGGAAAGAUGCUGAUCCUGGGCUCCACGUUCUGCCUGGCGGAGCCUGUGCUCACCAUCGCCGCCGCCCUCAGCGUCCAGUCGCCCUUCACCCGCAGCGCCCAGGGCAACCCAGAGUGUGCGGCAGCCCGGCGGCCCCUGGAGAGCGACCAGGGCGACCCCUUCACUCUCUUCAACAUCUUCAAUGCCUGGGUGCAGGUGAAGUGCGAGCGGAGCAGUAACUCUCGCAAGUGGUGCCGCCGCCGGGGCAUCGAGGAGCACCGGCUGUACGAGAUGGCCAACCUGCGGCGCCAGUUCAAGGAACUGCUGGAGGACCACGGGCUGCUGGCUGGGGCGCAGGCCCUGGAGCCGGGGGACAGCUACAGCCGGCUGCGGCAGCGCCGGGAGCGCCAGGCCCUGUUCCAGCUGAAGCGCCAGCACGAGGAGGGCGGGGCGCGCAGGCGCAAGGUGCUGCGGCUCGGGGACCAGGACGGCGGCUCCAGCGACGAGGACCCGGCCCGCCCAGCCUCCCAGGGGGCAGGCGGUAGCGUGGACAUCCAGGAUGUGAAGUUCAAGCUGCGGCACAACCUGGAGCAGCUGCGGGUGGCCGCCAGUGCGGCGCAGGCGCUGAGCCGGGAGCAGCUGGCCUUGCUGAAGCUUGUGCUGGCCCGCGGCCUCUACCCACAGCUCGCCGCGCCCGACCCAUUCAACAGCGGCCGCAAGGACUCCGACCAGAUUUUCCACACGCAGGCCAAGCAGGGCGCCGUGCUGCACCCCACCUGCGUCUUCGCCAGCAGCCCCGAGGUGCUGCACACUAGGGAGCCAGAGGCCAGGGGUGGCGAAGGGAGCCGAGAUGACAAGGACAAGAUGAGCAGCAGGCACCAGCUCCUCGCCUUCGUGUCCUUGCUGGAGACCACCAAGCCGUACCUGGUGAACUGCGUGCGCGUCCCCGCCCUGCAGUCCCUCCUGCUGUUCAGCCGUUCCCUGGACACCAACGGUGACUGCUCCCGCCUGGUGGCCGACGGCUGGCUGGAGCUCCAGCUGGCCGACAGCGAGAGUGCCGUCGGGCUCCUGGCGGCCUCCCUGCGGCUCCGCGCCCGCUGGGAGCAGGUCCUGGCCCGGCAGCUGGCCCGGCAGGCCCGGCGGCGGCCGGAGGAGGAGGAGGAAGAUGAGGACGAGGAGGAGGCGGCGGUCCACCGCAGGGAGGAGGCGGCCCUGAGCAGGGAGCUGCUGCGGUUCGCAGCGUCCCAGGUUCCCUACAGCCUCCGGCGGCUCAUGGGGCUGGAAAUCCAGAACCUCUAUGUGGGACCUCAGACCAUCACGGCUGCCCCCAGUCUCCCUGGUCUCUUUGGCAGCUCUACCCUGUCCCCCCACCCCACCAAAGGGGGCUACGCGGUCACUGACUUCCUCACCUACAACUGCCUCACGAGUGACACGGACCUGUACAGCGACUGCCUCCGCACCUUCUGGACCUGCCCCCAUUGCGGCCUGCACGCCCCCCUGACGCCCUUGGAGCGCGUGGCCCACGAGAACAGCUGCCCCCAGGCCCCGCAGGACGGCGCCCCGGGGGCCGAGGAGGCCGCCCCCGAGCCCCCCCAGAAGGCGUCUGCCCUGCAGAGGCCCUACCACUGUGAGGCCUGCCAGCAGGACUUUCUGUUCACGCCCACGGAGGUGCUGCGGCACCGGAGGCAGCAUGUGUGAGCCAGCCGGGCCGGGACGAGGACUCGCGCCCGAACCCCCGGCCUGGGCUCAGCCCCGCAGGAAGUGGGGGGAACAUGUGAAUAAAGCCUUAUUGCUGACGCGGACCCUCAAGCCUGCCCUUCCAGACAGCGGCAGCUGCCUGUGGCGGUCCUCCGCGUGGUCUGCCUCUCGCCCCUCCUGCUGCGGUCUGCCAUCAAGGUGGCCUGGCCCUGUGUGGGAGUCGAGGGCGAGCAGGGCCUCCAGGGUCCGGGUGCAGGGCCUGGGCUCCCUGCCGCUGCUGCCUCCCGAGUGUGCUCGUGGCCUCUGCUUUCCCUCAAACUCGGCAGCCUCGGUGUUGGCCCGGCCACAGGGUCCCUUCCAGACUGGGCAGGGGGACCGUGUGUGUCCCUGUUCACCUGGGCCCAUGGCUGCACCACAGGCCCGCUCACAGCGUGGUCUCCAGGCCGCUCCUGCUCAGGGUCCAGGGGCCGUUCUCAGCCAUCCCUGCGUCCUCCCCGGCUGGCCACGCCUGCCCUACAGACACGGAAGGGACGGGGGACACUGAACGACCGGAUGCCGUAAACCACACAACUCGGCUGAAAUGGGAAAUGUCUUGAAAGACAAACUACCAAAGCUCACCCGAGAAGAAAUAGAUACACUGGACCGCUCAUGGCUGAUGAGCAGUGUGUAGGUCCACGCCCAGGAUCCGAACCUGCGAACCCCAGGCUUUUGAAGCAGAAUAUGGGAACUUAACUAGUACACCACUGAGCUGGCCCCAGGACAUUGAAUUCAUAGUUACAGACGCAGAGAACAGGUGGGGGGUGGCUCCCUGGUGACCUGGAGCAGACACGGAAGAAUGAGGCACUGUGCUCGACGACAGCUCCCUCACGGUGGGGAGGCCGCCUCUGGCCGAGUUCACGAGGGCAGCAUGGCUCUAACGCCAAAACCAAAGACGACUCCGGAAAGGAGGCUGUGGACCGACGUCCUCCGUGAGCGCGGACACAGAGAUCCCUUGUAAAGGUCCGGCGCCUCCCGCUCAGCGAUGUGCAAACAGCAGAGCAGCUCACGGCCGGGCGUCGCUUCUUCCGGGGCGGCCACGUUGGUUCCGCAUUUGAAAAUCAGUCAGUGUGACUGGCCGUGGCGCAGACGAGGGUGCGUGUGACAACCUUCGACAGCUCGAGGCCGCGGGGAGACUCUGCACUCUGCGCCUGCAGCGCUUUGCUCUGGCCAGUGAGCCCAGCUCAACUGCCCUUUGCCCCGAGGUUCCGUCUUGACGCGGGACCCUGGGGAAGCCCUUUUUGUGUAUAUAUAUAUUUUUUCCUGAGUGUCAAAGCAACGCGUGGCGGCCUCGGGUGGGAUUGGAGCCUAAACAGAAGCCACUGCAGGUGCUUCAAACAGGAAGGGAUUUAACACGGAAUCGGGUGCUCACGAGACGGCGGGAGGCUGGGGCAGUGGCUCUGGGCCGGGCCCUUGGGAAGGACCCAGGACGACAGCACAGAGCCACGCGCCGGGGCCCUGCUGCCUCUGAACCACGGGGCUCAGCAGCGCCCAGCCUGGCCGUGACCCGGGGUCCCGGCUCUGGAGGGACCCCACCCGCCGAAGCCUGUGCUACGUCCGAGUCCAGCUCCAGGGCGUCUGGGCGACAUGGCUGCCACCUCCGGCCUCUGCUGCCAGGACGGUGGGGGAGGCCGCCCGGCCCAGCCGUGUCCCCAGUGAGGGACGGGGAGAAAUGAGAAGACAGCAGCCGAGGGAGGGGACGCCCGCCCACCGCUCCCCGCCCCCCCUGGGCUCAGGUGUCUCCCCAGGCCUCUGCCCGCGUGUCCGCACCCCUCUUGUAACUCGUCCAGGUUCCGCUGUGUGUCGUUCUCUGACCUCUCCGUUGAAUGCUUCUCUGUGGCUAGUUUGGAGUAUUUCUCCAGGUCAUUGUGAAUUCUUCCAAAAUUAGGUUUUGCUGGAGCCGUGAAAGGGCGCAUUGUUCGGCGCGCCGUUCAGCUCCUUGCUAAGCCCUGUUCCCGGCUCGGCCUUUGCAUCGGUUCUCUUCUCUUCUCUUCCAGUAACACAAUAGGCACUGUCUUUGCAUACAUCUUCUUGCAGGAAUGUUGUCCAUUUCUUGGGUUCCUGUUUUUAAAAAGUUUUCUCCGUUAUAGAAAACUUGGAAAAGCUGGAGAAAAUAGUAAGGAAAAGGAGUGCCCUGGAGUCCCCCCGAGGGGCUCUGGGCGGGGGUCGUGGGCUGAGCACGUUGCGGACCGGGAGACCCAGUGGCUUUACCCAGAGCGGCACAUCCACAUGGCCCGGCGUUCCCCGGGGCCGAGCCCGCGGUCCGGCUGCAGACGCCUCCCUCCCCGCGACCCGGACAGCGCUUCCUCCCCCCUCCCCAGCUCUCUGGCGGCCUGCCUCUGCUGUGUGCUUGUCCCCAGACUUCCGGCCACUUCCUUAGGACUCGUUCCUGAGAGGCCAUCAGGGUCAAAAGGUGAGAGCAUUUGGGAGCAGUGUUUAGCACAGACUGCAGAAUUUCUCCUUUUUAGCCAUCUGUGUUUCCGAACAACUUGCAAGAGAAAUCGCACAUGCUCUCGUAUUGUAGCCAACACGCAACGGUGCCCCUCUGUGCCAGGCACUGUUCUAAGCACUCUGUAUAUGGACUCACUUGAACUUUGAGACAGUCCCGCAAGAUAAAUACUCUCGUUACCCUCCGUUUUGCAGAUGGAGAAGCUGAGGCCCAGAGAGGUUGAGUAACCAGCGCAAGGUUGCACAGCGAGUAUGUAGCAGUGUUGGGUUUUGAGUCCAGAGUGUCUGGCCCCUGAGUUCGUGCUCUUAAACACAAUUCUCUGCUGCGUGUGGAGCUUGCUUUUUAACAGCCAAGCAGAGCUCCACAGCGUCGUUUAGUCAGCCAUUACCCGAUUGGUGAGUGUCGUGGCUUCCGAUUUUCUGAUACAAUCGGGGGUGGAUCCAGGUUUUGUGGGGCCUGAAGCUCCUACAAUUUUGGGGGCCCUCUUUGGUAAAAACUACAGAACUGUAAACACAAAUAGGGGCGGGGCCUGAACAAGCCAGGGGGCCUGAGGCUCCGGCGGCCGGAGCAUCGCGGGACACCCCCCUUUGCCGCCCGGACCGCAGGGACCCCGGGAACCGCGCGCGCCUCUGCGCAUGUGCGCGAGGGCCGGCAGGACGCGUGCUGGAGGCGGGGUCUGCGCCUGGACAGGAUGCUCGGAGAGCCGUGGCUGAGGGUCUUUAUCAGGACGCCAACCGGGCAGGAGAGCGGAGCGCGGUGCAGGGCCGCGAGGGCGAGAACUUUGUCCAGCAACGGGCACCACUCAAAGGGCGGGCAGGCCGCGCGCAGGAAGGUGUGCAGGACGCACGUCCCACGAGCGCUGGCGUCCGGGAUACAGAAGGAGCUCCCCCAAGUCAGGGAGGACAGGCGGACCGGCAGAAAACAGGCCAAACGCUUAAACGGACGAGGCCCCAGAGAGGCCGUGGGGACAGACCCGCAGCCGGGGCCACGCGGGUCUCCUGGGGCCUCGUGAUGCCGGCGGGAGGCGGAGGACGGGCGCCUGGGAAACACAGGGACGGGCGGGGGCCGCAGCCGCAGGCCCGUCCAGCGGGCGACGGAGAGGUCAUUGCACAGGGCAGGAGGACGAAGUUGCUGGGUGGGGUUUGGAACGAGAGUCCGCUGGGGGGAGUGGAGACUGCGGGGUGCGCACCGUUUCCCAUCGGCUGCGCCGCGGGGGUCGUGGGGGUCGUGGGUUCCUGUCGGGCCGCGCUGUGGCUGUCUUCCCGUUGGGGUCUUUGAUUGACAGCCCUUCCUGCAAUGGGCCCCGCCCGGCCGGGGCGCCCCCUUCCCGGCUCCCGACUCCGGUUUAAAUGAGGUUUCCCUUCAGUGUGCAUCUUCACGGCCGCGCUCAGCAUCUGACGGCAAAGCCUCUCCUGCGGGUUUACGCGCGAGAAAUGGAAACGCGUGCGCGGAAGACCUUGUAUGAGGAUGUCCAUGGGCCGCCCCGGUCCGAGCGGUUAUGUUCCCGCUCUCCGCUUCGCCGGCCCAGGGUUUGCAGGUUCGGAUCCUGGGCGCGGACAGGGCACCGCUCAUCAGGCCACGCUGAGGCGGCGUCCCACAUGCCACAACUGGAAGGACCCACAACUAAAAAUAUACAACUACAUACUGGCAGGAUUUGGGGAGAAAAAGCAAAAAAAAAAAAAAAAGGAGAAUGUUCAUAGCAACUUUAUCCAUGACAGCCCCAAACUGGAAGCACCCUAAACACCGGGAGAAGAGAGAGCGCGCGGUAGAUCCAGCGCGUGCUGUGUGGCUCCAUUUACAUGAAAGUCUAGAAAAGGCGAGUCUCAUAAAGGGGGACAGGAAGCAGGUCAGUGGUUGCCUGGGGCCGAGGCGCCAACUAGAAGAGGGGGGACCAGGGAACCUUCUGGGGGUUGAAGAUGCUCUGUGUCUUGAUUGGGGUGGUGGCUACACAGGUGUGUUUGUCAGAAUGUGUUGACAUUUGGUGACAUGUAAACUAGACCUCAGUGAAAUUGAUCGCCGUUCGCCGCCCCGCCUGCCCCUCCGCAGAGGUGACCAUCAGUCAGGGUCACUGGGCAUCAUUUUGCUGCGUCUUGUGUCGGAUUCUGCUCAAGGACGUGCAUACGGAAAUAAAAUGUUUUGAUUUUUCAAAAAAUG